AAGCAUUCAAAAGAAACAGAAACCCCUGGAGAAGCGCCUCCUCAAGAACUACAAUCCCUCAUUGUCAUCGCUUCGUCGCCAUGGCGCAAUCGCCUGAUCUCUCUCGGCAGCAUUCCCAGGGCUUGAAAGAUCGCUUUUUGCCAUUCUCCUUGCCCUCCCAACCUCCGGAUAUCACCAAUUGGUUCUCGAGCUAUGUGUACGAGUCACCGGAGUCUUUGGGUCUUCCUGAUCCGAUUGGUAGUUUCAUGCUGCACCAAGAAGAUGAGAGCGAAACCCAAGAACCGCCAGAAUGUGAGAAGAACACUUUCAUGGAUCUUCCACCAUACGACACCAAGAAUCCACUUGUCCAAGUUGCAAGUGAUGAUUUUUACAGCAAAUAUCGAGUGAAUCAUGUUGAUAAGGACGGUUUCGUGCCUGUAAAGAAGGUGAAUAUAUCUAGAAACUAUGAUCAAAUUUCUUCAAGGAAAUUAACUGCAUACAAUGAAGAGGGGCAGGAUGGUCUCUCGCAAAUGCAAACAGCUGAAGACUAUUCAAGCAGGAGGAAGAACAAUGGAAGCACUAAAAAAGAGCAAUUUGCAAGAACUCCCUAUGCACAACCAAAGAAAAAAGUGAGCUUGCGGAAGCUUCUUGGUGAGGAUUUCGUUGCUAGCCAUUCAAACUUGAUAUUAUCAGAUUCAAAAGGAUGCGAGGGUGUCGAUGGAAGUUCCAUGAAGAAGAUUGAUAUGUUGCCGGUCAGUAACAUCGAUAAGGAAAAAAUUGCUGACCAGCAGGUGGUUCAGUUAUGGGGUGAUGUCAAUGCUCAAGAUCUGAAAGAACCAAACAGUAGAAAAGAAGAUCCUGUACAUGAAUCGGAAUCAGUCUUGCCAAUGAAUUAUGGUUCCACUGCUUUUAGGACUGCAACUAAUCAAGAGGUGCAUGAGCCGUCAUCACCCACAUUGCAGGGCAAGAAUGGAGCUUUGAUGGAGGAAGACGGAUGCUGGAUUCAAGAAAGUGAGACUAUGCAUUGCAAUUCUAACAACAAUGUUGAAAGCUGUAGAGGAGACGAUCUUAUGCUUGAAUCAGAGUCAAGUUUGCAGGUGAAUUAUGGAUUUGCAGCUUCUAUGACUGCAACAGAUAAUCAAGAGAUACAUGAACUGACAUUGCUCGCAUUGCAGGGCAAGAAUGAAGCUUUGGUGGGGGAGAACAAAAGUUGUGUUCGAGAAAGUGAUACCAUGUAUUGCAAUGCUGAUAAGGGUGAAAAUGGUAGCCGACAGAUGGAACCAACAUGUUUCGAUAUAAAUGUUCAAGUGCCAAAAGAAACAAAUGGCUUCAUCUCGAUAAAGUGCAGAGGCAAAAGAGAAGGUUCUGUUCACGGACUGAAAUCAAGUUCCCCAUCUGAGGCUGCUACAACUUGGAAAGGGAACAAUGAAACAUUGGCACAGGAGGACCAAACUCAUGGUGGAAGCAGAAAUGCUUUGGCAGAUAUAUCUAAUGAAGAAGAAAUCCCUGAUGAAUGGCAAUGUCCCCGGAAGGCAAAAGCUGAUAUAGGUCCUCCGAUGAAGCAACUCCGGCUAGAUCGCUGGUUUCGACUGCUUAACAGCCGUUCCAGGAUCAUAUAGAUGUCCAUAACACCCAUUUUAAAACCUUUCAAAGUCUAUAGCUUUUAUGGUUUUGUUGGUUUGCCCUGUUAGAGCAUCCACAAUCGUUGGUUUGCCCUGUUAUAUUCGUGCCAUGUUAAAAAAUUUAAUA